CUAAGCAACAUUUUAUUUAACAAAAAAAAAAGGCUUUUUAUUUUCUAUUUUCAGUUUUUCUUUUGUUGUUAGUUGUGCAGAUGAUGUUGUUAUUUUACUAGAAAAUAAAACGUUCGGUACCACGCCAGGUUACUGGUUAUGAAACUAGCACUUGUGAAAUUGUCGAAAUGUAUUUGUAGUUUAACGGCUCCAGUAUGGCGUAUUCAUACACUACAUAUAAUUUAGUUUUACUUUGUAAAAAGUGAUGUAGACUGUGACCGGGUAAACUUACCCGACGUUACACCGAGUAAUGGAUGCUCCAGUAUCAUUUAAAUAUAAAAAAGCAAGCUAUAGCCAAAAUAAGGUGCGCUGUCUAUGUAUUUAGACCAACAAUACAGUAUAACGCCAAAAAGGAAAAUGUCAAGUUUAGCAGCUGGUAGUUGUGAGUCCUCCAAGACCCAAAAUGCAGGGGAUCCUCUGGAAAAGAAGCCGCUUAAACCCUGCUGUGCCUGUCCCGAGACCAAGAAAACAAGGGAUGCCUGUAUAAUAGAGAGAGGAGAAGAAAGCUGCAAGGAUCUGAUUGAAGCUCAUAAAGACUGCAUGAGGUCACUGGGAUUCAAAGUCUGAUGAGUGAUCACAAAGGGAAAGCGAGUCUGUGUUUGUAUGAGUUCCUGCUGGCUGGGUGGCUUUGAGAUUCUGGGUUUACCUACUGAAAUAAUUGAUUUUUGCACUGUGAAAGAUUUUGUGUCAGAGUGAAAUAAAAAAAUAACAGAUAUCUCUGGAAUAAAAUAUUUAACCUUUUUUUUUCUUGCAUAUUAUUCUGAUGUUUCUUUACCAAAAAAUUUUAAUAAAAAGAGCUCUCUAAACA